GGCAGCGUGGGCUUCCUGGGCGGGUUUUUGUGCGACUUACAGAAGGUAUACACACUCUUCAUACGGGCGGCUUUCAGAAGUUUACACACUUCAAAGUUUCUUCUUGUUGCGGUACAAGCCACAAAAGGCAGACUUCAAAAAUUCUCCUUGUUGCGGUACAAGCCACAAAAGUGUGGGGAAGUGUCCGCCUUGUUACAAUGGCGAGCAGCAUCGUGAGGCUAAAGGGACUGGAUGUUAACGCGGGCGCCGAUGACAUCCGGGCCUUUUUCCGUCUCUUUCACAUUCCUGUCGGAGGCGUCUACAUUUUGGGAGGUGAACGACGCGAGGCGUUUAUUGCCUUCUCCUGCCUCAAGGACGCUCGGCGAGCCAUCCACUACUCCAGGCGCCCCCUCAAAGGCUCCAAGGUGGAAAUACGCCGCAGUACUCUUACAGAAAUGGAAAAUAAACUCAAGUACUUUCUAAAGAAGAGGAAGUCUGUUCCAGAGCCUACAAAGACACUUGAAAGUGCUCCGGCGCCCUCUGGUGGUUAUUCUCAGUGCUCUCCUGAAAUGUUACCUGAUACAGGAUAUGAGUCAACGAAUUCCUUUGUGUCAUCACAUUCUGUUCCUAGCGGAUUUCUACAAAUUUCACGCAAAUCAAAAGAUCCAAGAACUACACAUUUUUCCACCAGUGACUGUCCACAGCCCCACUUUGUCGAUCCAGGAAAUGAGUCAACGAAUUCCUCUGUGACAUCGAGUGGAUUUCAACAAAUUUCAAGCAAAUCAAAAGACCCAAGAACUACACAUUUUUUUACCAGUGACUGUCCACAGCCCCACUUUGUCGAUCCAGGAAAUGAGUCAACGGAUUCCUCUGUGACAUCAAGUGGAUUUCUCCAAAUUUCAAGCAAAUCAAAAGACCCAAGAACUACACAUUUUGUCACCAGUGCAAGUUCACAGCCCCACGAUCCCAGAGUAUCGCCGCCUUUUGAAACCACACAAAUGUGUGACAAAAGUCUAAAGACCGACUCCAAAUCUGUUCUACCAUGUGUCACGAGUGAGUGUCUUAAGACUCCUGACGAUUUACACACUCUCAGAACUUCUCCACAUUUUGUUGCCAGUAGCUCUCCACAGAUGGGUGAUGAGCUGCAUGAGCCCAGGUGUCUAAAGACUCUUGAAGGGUCACACCAACCUAGUGCUUCACUUUUUGACACCAGUGAGUGUCCACAGCUGUACAACCAGAUAUCAUCUUCAGAGUCUAUUCAUAAUGCUUUUGUUCUUGGGGUUUGUACCGCGCUGCAACAUCUCCAGUCUUGCCGUCCAAACGAGGCCCAGGAGGUUUUGCCAGGACUUGAUUGGCCGGAUGCUAACAAUACAAGAGCACCAGAACAGAUGGAGUUACCACCACCAGGCUACGUGAGGCUGUUAGGGCUGCCUGACUCUAUAACUAAAGAGGAUAUUAAUGAUUUUUUCAAAGGACUGAAGGUGCAAGAAAUGGUGGCCAAUGUGAAGUUUGAACAUCGUCGCGUGUGCCUCGUUAAGUUUGGGGAUGAAGACGAUGCUCUUGCUGCGCUGCAGUUCAAUAAUCGGUUCAUGGGGUCCAUAUGUGUGGAGGUACGCAACGCAACAGAGCUAAUGUGGACCUCAGCGUUACAAGAAUGUGAAAACCAAGACGUGAGGUGUUCGAAAUCCAAGCAAAGGUAUCGCACAGACCCAAAGAACUAUAAACCGAAGUUCAGUUUUGAAUCACAGAACAGGUUACCAGUGCCACACAUCUCCAAAAAGUCCCGACUGUCCAUGGCAACGAAGGAGUACAUCAUUAUGGUCUGCAAUAUACCUGUAACAACCACCAAGACAGAAUUGAGAGAACUGCUUGGGUAUCCUGAUAUGCAAAGCUCUAAAAUACAACACCUACUUGCCAAAGACUUCAGCCGGACAGACACUGCAUUCCUUAUCUUUGACCGAAAAGAGGACUAUGAACAUGCAAUGUCACAAAAUGGUCUGUACUUUUACUCAAAUUGCAUUGAACUGUCAUCUAUUACCAGAGAGAGGAUGAAUGACAUAAUGGGGAAAAAACACCACACGAGGCCCCAGUAUGGCACCAAGAUCUCCCCGUCCAAGUAUGGCGCCAAGAUCUCCCCGUCCAAGUAUGGCGCCAAAAUCUCCCCGCCCAAGUAUGACGCCAAGAUCUCCCCGCCCAAGAAUGACGCCAAGAUCUCCCCGCCCAAGAAUGACGCCAAGAUCUCCCCGCCCAAGUAUGACGCCAAGAUCUCCCCGCCAAAGUAUGACGCCAAGAUCUCCCCGUCCAAGUAUGGCGCCAAGACUUCAUCAGCAGAGAGGGAGGCAGCAAGAUGCUGGAAAACCUGGAUCUAAAAUAUGCAUGUUAGUUGAACACCUGCUUGCAGACACUAAAGAAAGCCUUAUUAUGAACUUAAAUUUAAUUUGACAACUAACUAUACAAACCUUUAAGAAACCGCAAUAUUAACACUUCUUUUAUUAAGUGAAAGUCUUUUAAAAGUUGUUGCGCAUUAUACAUGGCAAGCCAAGACUGGAUCUUGUUUUGAAAGCAUAAGUAAGAAAAGUUUAUUUAGAAUAAUCCAAUGUAGUUGUUACAACCUCUUUUAGUCUACUUGCAUCAAAUGUGAGACUUUUCCAGCAAUGUUUUGCCAACCCCACAAAGGACACUUGAAUAUUAUUUGUCCAUUAAGCAAGCAGAUAAAACUUG